UUCGUCAAAUCUGGGCUACUGGCGGCAGCCAGAGAAGCAGCCACAGCGGGCUCUGUGGGCAGGCUGUGGCUGGAGGAAGACAUGCGGCGUUACCUGCGGGUGCUAGUACUGUGUCUGGGCUGCGGCUUUUGCUCUUUGCUUUACGCCCUCAACCAACUCGCCGUGUCCCUGGAGGAAGAAGAGACCGGCGGUGGCGGGAAUCUGAAGGCCGCAGCUGCUUCCUGGCUUACUGUUAGCGGACGUGUAGCUGGGAAAGGGGCGCGAAGCGUAGGCCCCAAGGAGCAUCCCGGCUGGUCCAACAGGUAUAAUAAGGAUGACUCUCUCUCUUAUUGGAACCCCUAUUGGAUGCUGCCCUCUGAUGUUUGUGGAAUGAACUGCUUUUGGGAAGCCACUUUUAGGUAUAAACUGAUGAAAACACAGUCCUCUGAGACAAUGCACCUAGCCGUGGUAGCCUGUGGUGAACGACUGGAGGAGACUGUAACUAUGAUAAAAUCAGCUAUUAUUUUCAGCAUCCAACCUCUUCAGUUUCACAUUUUUGCUGAAGAUCAAUUGCACCACAGCUUCACAAACAUACUCAAUGGCUGGAAAUUUCUACAGACAUUUAAUUAUACUAUCUAUCCAAUAACUUUUCCAACUGAGAAUGCAGCAGAAUGGAAAAAACUAUUUAAACCAUGUGCUUCACAGAGAUUGUUUUUACCAUUAAUCCUGAAAGAAGUUGACUCACUACUAUAUGUUGACACUGAUAUUCUUUUUUUACGCCCUGUUGAUGAUAUUUGGUCACUGCUAAAGAAAUUUAACUCCACACAAAUUGCUGCCAUGGCACCAGAGCAUGAGGAACCUCGAAUUGGUUGGUAUAAUCGCUUUGCCAGACAUCCGUACUAUGGAAAAACUGGAAUAAAUUCUGGAGUUAUGUUAAUGAACAUGACUCGAAUGAGAAGGAAAUAUUUCAAGAAUGACAUGACAACUUCUCGUUUACAAUGGGGAGAGAUACUUAUGCCAUUACUUAAAAAAUACAAACUUAAUAUCACAUGGGGUGAUCAAGAUUUGUUAAAUAUAAUGUUUUUUCAUAAUCCAGAAAGCCUUUUUGUUUUUCCAUGCCAAUGGAAUUAUCGGCCUGAUCAUUGUAUAUAUGGAAGUAAUUGCCGAGAAGCUGAAGAAGAAGGCAUCUUCAUUCUCCAUGGGAACAGAGGUGUUUACCAUGAUGAUAAGCAGCCAGUUUUUAGAGCUAUUUAUGAAGCACUGCGAAAUUGCUCAUUUGAAGAUGAUAAAGUACAAUCCUUGUUACACCCAUUAGAACUGGAACUACAAAAGACUGUACAUACGUACUGUGGGAGAAUACACAAAAUAUUCAUGAAACAACUAACAAAAAGUAUAAGAGAUAGUUAUAACCGACCAUUAAAGGAAAGGUGACUCUUGUUGGUGAAGACUUAAGUCUAUGGAACUACAAAAAGAAUAUAUGUGAAUGAUUUUCUUGCACAAUGUAUUAAUGUUUAGGAAGGAAUUAUUUAUCAGUUAUCCAGAUAAGCUUUACUAGAGAGUUGAGAUAUGCUUUAUUGUUAUGAAGUAUAAGUUGGAGUCUGACCAGUAAGACAUUCCAGACAUUUGAAGUUUUGUUAAUCAUUGUUUGCUUUCAAUCCAGUAUUGGUGAAAAUGGACUCUAACUGAUGAAUAGUUUUAGUUUAUAUAAUUCUGUUGACUGUUCAUUCUCCAGCGGGUGAAAGAAAUAGGGGUAUAUAAGUGAAGAGCCAUGUACUUGUUACAUAAUUUUAAAAAUAUGAAACUGUGAAUGUUAGUAAUACUUUUGAGUCAGCACUGACCUCACUUUAAUUUUGUGAGAAUAAAGUUUACAGGGACAAAAA